AUGGCUGAAUCUAUGGACGAGGAUGUUGGCGGACUCGCCGGCCAGUCAACCAACAAGGUUGUCAAGAAGGCUCGAAUCAAGCCUCGUUCUAAGCCAACGACUCGCCAGUCCACCGGAGCUACUAAGAACGUUGCCAGAAGACUGUUCGAAACAGCCUCGUCUUCAGACGACAACAUCGAACAUCAGUCUGGCAUCACACUACCGCAAGGAGUAGAUCCACACAACCGGAGAAAGCCCCAACCCGGUCGAAUUGUGGUAGAAGGCGACAAUGACGAUUGGUUGUCAUACGAAAUCGAGAAACUGCUAAAAAGACGUAUUAAUAGGCAAGGAACACCAACAUUAGAAUACCUUGUGCGAUGGAAAGGAUACGCACCAAUGUACGACCAAUGGUAUGCGAGAGAAUUUUACGGUGCAGCGUCCAGAAUGAGCUUAGAAAUGGUUGACAAAUGGGAACUUCUGUCGUUCUUCUGCGACACUUCUGUGGUUGUUCUGCAAGACUUCUGA